AUGUCACUAGAAACAUCUUCUACCUCCCUCCCAUCGGCUAUCGCACUUGACGAUGAAGAUGCCGCCGUUUUGCGGGCUUGUGACCUGCAAGUUAACAUUUUGGAGCCCUGUAAUCCGCAAGAUUACCGAGCGGCAUACAACGUCCAAAUAGCAGAGAUAGGCCGCCAGAAAAGGGCUCGACAACAUGCAAAAGAUCCCAAACUUCAUAAGAGUAAAUACAUGGAGGAAACGUCCUUGGAACAUGCCAAGUACGAGCAAUGGACCACCUUACAGAACGAGCUUGAUGUCGAAUUCUGGAGGUUUGUAUCUUCUAUCUUUUAUGAAACCGUACCAGCAGGUUGGGAUAACUUUUUCUUGUGGUUUGACCAGAAGUUGAACGGUCCAGUGACCAAUGUUACGGCUGUCCAGCAGAUGUUGGACAUGGCAGAAGAGCUGGCCUUUGCGACAAUACUGAAAGCAAAACAUCGGAAUCUGUUUCUGGAAAGAUAUCCGUUGACAUACGAGACAAUUAGUGCACGUCGCGACCACGAACGUUGGGUCCAGGAAGCCAAAGAGGACGCAGCCAGAUAG